CCUGAACACAGAGGCCAUAUUGGUGUUGUGUUAGGAAUCAGGCGCGUAGCGAGCGGCUAGUUUUUCCCCCCUCACACAGGGUUUGUUCGUUUUAUUCACGCCCACAGCGACACACCUAAACGUCGUGUGUGUGUGUACGUGUGUGUGUGUCUUGUGUGUGUGUCGCACACUUCACACAGGUGUCUUCGAGCUGCAGGACGCGCGUUUUCUCCGAUUCGGUGCCGCGUUAUUAUUUGCUGAGAAUUACAUAAUAUUGUCGGCGCAGCGGCGCUCAUGGCACUGCAGUGAGUCGCGCUAUACAAAGAAACACUGCGCUUUGUGCUGAGAGUAAAACUCCACUGCCCUGACUCCUGCAGUCUGAGCUGGACAGGAGACCAUGGUGUACUCUAAAGUGCAGACACGCACUGCUCAACAGCAGGAUGCAGACAACACCGGCUAUACCUACUCUCUCAGCUCCAGCUACUCCUCAUCUGCUCUGGAAUACGAGAGGGAGCACAAACUCGCUCCGGUGUUCGAGUCGCCCAGGAUGACGCGACGCAGCCUACGCCUGCAAACCAACUCCACUCACUAUGGAGACAGCCUGCUGGACUCCUCGGUCAAUCGCUCCUACACCACUGAAAGCAGGGUUCACCGGGAGAGCAAGACCGUUAAGAGCAGGAGGUCUCAACGCGGUGUAUCCGGAUCAAGUUCGCUGUACCAGACUCCGGUGAAGAACCAGUCCUUGGCACAGCAGGCCCACAACAGCAGCAUGCACAGCUGUGCUGCGAGCGACGCCUCACUCCUGUCCUCCAUGCUGGACGAGUCGAGCAUCCAGGAGCGCACACUCGUCGACAGCUUCUGGGGAUUGGAUAAGGAUGGAGAUCUCAAAGAUCAGACUCUCCACUCAGACCACAGCUUCUCUCUGAACAACAGCGGCACGCACAUGGCUCAGACUCAGACCUCCACCCUACACGGUGGCUACAUCUGCAGUAACUGCGUGGCCAGCCACUCUGACAGGAGAGACGCUCUCCAAGCCUACUCCUCAUCCAAACCCUGCUCCUCCUCCUCCUGUUCUUACUCCUCAGCUGCUCUGCACAGCACCGCGGUGGACAGAGCCUUCUCCUCUCCCCACACUACAGUGUACAGCCGUGAGAGGAGCCGCCGACACAGAGCCGUAUCUGGGUGUGGUUUGUCUGUAGGUGUGCUCGGAGCGGUCUCCGAGACCUUCCUGCAUUACGGCAGGAGUGUGUGCGCCUCUGUUGUGUGUGUAUUUACCAUACUCAUGCAGAACGUUCUCAAGACCUGCCAGCUAGGCAAAGUCCAGCUGUGCUCACUGACAGACCGGUGUGUGAGGGUGUGCAGGAGAGCAGGCGCCUCCUCAGUUGCAGCCCUCACACUGCCAGCUCAGUAUAUUGGGCUGAGGAAGACCAGGAGUGGCAAUGCUAACGGAGGUCAUGCUAGUUACUGUGGAACCAUGAAUAUAAAUGAAAAGGUGACACAAAAGGACCCGCAUACUCUUAACGGCCCUCUGUGCGACGACUGCAAAGAGAAACAGACUUCGAAGACAAUCACAGUCUCCACAGGGUCUUCCAGAGCCCCGUGGCUAGUAGAGGCUCUGUGGGUCCUUGUAACCUUUGCAGGCAGCAGUACGGUAAAGGCGGGCCAGGACGUUCUUUCGGCAGCCUGGUUUAUCGCGAGGAAGAGUCUUUCUGUUCUCUAUUUGGCUGCAGUGUCUCCAGGCAGUGCAGCUUCAGGAGCUUUACAGUGGUUGGGAACUGCAUGGUACCAGAUGAUCACGCUAAUGUCUCUGCUCAACGUCUUUUUCUUGACUAGGAUUCUGCCUAUCAUUCAGAAACUUUUCCUGAUUAUUCUUCCCUUUGUCCUUUCCCUUGCCAUCCUGUGGUACUGGGGAAUGUUGAGCUUCUCCACCCUUUGGCCUAUAGUGAACGUAACUGGAGACUCGUCCAUAAAUAAAGCCGUUGGUGUUCAACCUGGUAUCUCACUACCAGGUGCACCCAUUGAGGUUGAACCUGAAAUCACCAAAACGGGCACAAGCUCUCAGCAGAAGCCGACGGUUGUAUUUGAACCCGAUUCCGAACGCCUGGCACGGAUAGAGCAAAGCCUGGAGAUGCUGUGGAAUAAGGUGGCAGCGUCAGGGGGCAAACAGGAGGAGCGACAUGCUGAGGUACUCGGUCUGUGCAGCUCGCUGAAAGAAGAGCUGCGUACAAACACGGAUAAAGACACCAUGGGCCAGUGGGUGGGCACCCUUCUAGAGCAGAAAUUAAGCCUGCUGAGAGCAGAGAUGGAGAAACAGACUGAGGGCUCGCAGCAGCCUCAGGAAGAGCCUGAUGUCGAAGAAACCAGGGAAUCUCAAGAGUCCCGGUUAGCCAAGAUUGAGGCUCUUCUUAAGGAGCUAGCACAAAGAACAGAGGACUUACAAACAAGACCAGAGCCUGAGACACCGCCUGUUGUCAGUGGGGAAAUAGAUCGUACUGCUCACGCAUCUCUGCUCGCACAAGUGCGCAAGCUGGAGGAGUCUCUGAGCAGCAUCAGGGCAGACCUCCGGGGCGUGUCGGGCUGCAAAGGAAGGUGCGAACAGCUGGAUUCUCUUCAUGACACGAUUUCUGCGCAGGUCAGGAAAGAGCUUCAGGUUCUUCUGUACGGCAGUGAGCAGGAGGACAUGAAGCUGCCAGGUUCUUUGAUGCAGUGGCUUUCCACUCAGUUUGUGAGCAACUCUGAUCUGCUGGCCUCACUCGGUGCCCUCGAGAAGAGAAUUCUGGGCAACUUGUCACUUCAGAUAGAGGAGAUGCAACUAAAACCAAGCGAAGAGACAAUCACACAGAGUGUCCGGCAAGCCACCGAGCAGUCCGGCUUAUCAGAAGAGGACGUCCAGAUGAUUGUGCAGAAUGCUCUGAAGCUCUACUCUGAGGACCGCAUUGGCCUUGUGGAUUACGCUCUAGAGUCUGGAGGUGGCAGCAUCCUGAGCACGCGUUGUUCUGAGACGUACGAGACCAAGACUGCAUUGAUGAGUCUGUUCGGUUUUCCUCUCUGGUAUUUCUCCCAGUCUCCCCGUGCUGUCAUACAGCCAGAUGUACAUCCCGGUAACUGCUGGGCAUUUAAGGGUUCCACUGGCUAUCUGGUGAUUCGUCUGUGUGUGAAGAUCGUUCCUACGGCCUUUUCCCUGGAACACAUCCCCAAAGCUCUCUCGCCUACAGGCAACAUCAGCAGCGCUCCACGCAACUUCACAGUUUAUGGUCUGGAGGAUGAACAGCAGGAGGAGGGGCAGCUGCUCGGGGAGUACGUCUACCAAGAGGACGGAGAGGCUCUACAGACCUACCCAGUCACGGAAACCAACACGGAAGCCUUCCAGAUCAUCGAGCUGCGAGUGCUGAGCAACUGGGGCCACCCCGAGUACACGUGUCUGUACCGCUUCCGGGUGCAUGGCGAGCCGGUACAGCAGUGAUCUAACACUAACCUGGAUGUGGAGUUUCACAGAGGAGAUACCAUGCCACUCUGCCCCAGUGCAGAAACACAUAUGAUUGCUUGCUUUAACCAUCAGAGCUUUGUCUCUGUGCUUUGCACUCCUGGAUCUGGCUCAGACAAUAAGAGUUCAUCUCCAUCUGGAACUUUCCCCAUCUAUUUUUUAUUUUAUUUUUUUAUUAUUUUUCCCUCCCUCCUCUGUGUAAUUUUUACUCCGGCAUGCGACACGGACACAGAGCAGCGAAGUCUGCGUGGUCUGAACUGCACUGAAGAACACUCAGUAUGUUUAAUCGAAACAAAAUGGACUUACAGUGUAUUUUAAACAGCAUGUUGUAAAUAUUGUUCAUAGUUUGUCUGCUUUACGUGUGUCUAAUAAUUUUGCAUUUUCCUAUAUAGUGUAAUGAUUUUCAAGUGCCCAGCUAAGAGAGACUGUUAUUAAUCACUAUUUAUUUUUUUAUGUAUUUGUGUUGAUCUUAGUAAGACUUUAUAUUGUGUAUUUUUGUAAAUGCUUUUCAAAUCAUUUUGUAAUUAUUGAGGGACCACAGGUUGGCUUUUUUGCAAUGAAGUUAUAUUUUGUUUGUGUGGGAUGUUCUAAUAAAGAGUAAUUUUUUAGA